AUGGCAAAACUUACACUACUGGCAUGUUUGGGAGCUUUACUUACGGUUCAGAUGGUGGUCUCCACCAAGCUGGUGUGUUACAUGACAAACUGGUCGCAGUACAGGCCAGGGGCUGGAAGGUUCACCCCUGAGAAUGUGGACCCAUUCCUCUGCACACAUGUCAUCUAUGCUCUUGCUACUAUCAAAGACAACAAGCUCACAACCAUGCAAUGGAAUGAUGAGACCAUGUACAUGAGACUGAAUAACUUAAAAAAUAUCAAUCCCCUGCUGAAGACAUUGCUGUCAGUUGGAGGCACGUAUAAUGGUGUGAGUCCAUUUAUUGACAUGGUCUCUACAGAAGAAAAUCGCAAGAUAUUCAUUCAGUCAGCUCUCCUCUCUUUGCGUACAUAUGGCUUCGAUGGAUUGGAUCUGGCUUGGGAGUUCCCUGGACAGAAUGGCAGCUCAGCAGAUGACAAGCAGAAGUUCACUGCACUGGUCAAUGAACUGAGAGAAGCCAUUGAGCAGGAGGCCAGAGACAACCAGAAAACUCCACUGCUUUUUUCUGCCAAAGUGAGCUCUCUAAGGACCAUAAUUGACAAUGCCUAUGAAGUUCCUGAAAUUGCAAGACAGUUGGACUUCAUGAACCUCAUGACUUAUGACUACCAUGGCUCCUGGGAUGAUGCAACAGGAGAGAACAGCCCACUCUUCAAGGGCUCAUUUGAUAAGGGAACAAACACCUACCGCAACAUUGAUGCCUCAGUGAGAUAUUGGAUUGAGAAGGGAGCUCCAGCAGAAAAACUUCUCCUGGGUUUCUCCACAUAUGGGCGAACAUUCCGCCUUACAACCCCAGUGACAGGUCUUUAUGCUCCAUCCAAGGGCCCAGCUCCUGCUGGACCUUACACCCGUGAUGCUGGCUACUGGUCCUACUAUGAGAUCUGUUGCUUCACAUCAAGUGCAACCAUGGCAUGGAGUGAGGAGCAAAUGGUUCCAUAUGCCUUCAAGGGACAGUCCUGGGUGGGCUAUGACAACAAGAGCAGCUAUGGUGUUAAGGCUUCAUGGCUCAGAUCAAGAAACUUGGGAGGAGCAUCAGUCUGGACCCUGGAUUUGGAUGAUUUUAGCGGGUCUUUCUGUUCUGAUGGGCUCUACCCACUUAUUAGACACUUGAGUCAUUCACUGGGAUUCCCUGGCAAGCCAACAUCUCCAGAAGCUCCACACACAACACCAAACCACAUUGCUUCAUUCUGCUCUCGUAGAAGUAACGGACUGUACCCUAACUCCAUGGACAGGGCUACUUUUUAUCACUGUUCCAAUGGUUAUACCUACAUUCAACGCUGUCAACCUGGUCUGGUCUAUGACACCUCAUGUAAGUGCUGCAACUGGCCAGAAGUUCCAAGCACAAAACCAGAAGUUCUAGACAAAAGACCAGCUCCUAUCACGCCACUAAACCACAUUGCUUCAUUCUGCUCUCGUAGAAGUAAUGGAACGUACCCUAAUCCCAUGGACAGGGCUACUUUCUACCAUUGUUCCAAUGGUUACACCUACAUUCAACAUUGUCAGCCUGGUCUGGUCUAUGACAAUUCAUGUAAGUGCUGCAACUGGCCAGAAGUUUCACACACAACACCAGAAGUUCUAGACGAAAGACCAGCUCCUAUCACGCCACCAAAGCACAUUGCUUCAUUCUGCUCUCGUAGAAGUAAUGGAACGUACCCUAACCCCAUGGACAGGGCUACUUUCUACCAGUGUUCCAAUGGUUACACUUACAUUCAACGCUGUCAACUUGGUCUGGUCUAUGACAAUUCUUGUAAGUGCUGCAACUACCCAUAG